AUGACUAAACUAAGUUUCUUUACUCAGACACAAAGCUUAGAUAAUGAUGAAGUUCUAUAUACUACUACCUCAUUUACUGGAAAAGUAUUAAAAACUGCAUUAUAUGUUGAAUCUGUUGUCUCCAAAUUAAGAGACUGUGAUUUUAAAAGCCACUUUCGUCUAAGUAGGCAAACUGUUGAAUUACUAUUUCAGUUAUUAAUUCCGAGUUAUGGAAUAUCUUUAAGAUGUGGUAGACAUGAUCCUAAGAAGCAAAUAUUAAUUGGUUUAUGGUAUUUUGCUAAUCAAGAAUCAUAUAGGCAAAUAAGUGAUCGAUUUGAUGUUUCUCUUGGAUCAUCUAUAACAAUAAUCAACUGCAUGGUUGACAAAAUAUGUGAGAAUGCUGAUCGUUUCAUUAUUUGGGCAAAAGGAAAUAAACUAAAUGAUACUAUUGAGGGGUUUACAUCAUUAAGAACUAAUGCUUUUCCAAAAGUAGUUGGUGCCAUUGAUGGAGCUCAUAUUAAAAUAUUGGCACCUUGGACAAAGAGAAAUAAAAUGCCCCCCCUUGACCGAAAUAGCUACAUUAACCGAAAGCAGGUAGCAACAGAACUUUUACAAGGCAUUUGUGAUUCAGAAUAUAAGUUCAUUAAUAUAUUUUCUGGUUGGCCAGGAUCUGCACACGAUGCACAUGUUUUUAAAAAUAGCCCAGUCGGUAAACAACUUAUUUCAAACUCAUUAAAUCUCUUUCCUAGAGAUAUGCACAUCCUUGGUGAUUGUUCAUAUCCUCUAUUGCAUUGUCUAAUGACACCAUAUAGGGAUAAUGGUCAUUUAACUAGAGAACAAAGGCACUUCAAUUAUAAACUAAGCUCUAGUCGGAUAGUGAUAGAACAAAGUUUUGGAAAAUUGUUUGGGAGAUUUCGUCGACUUAGAUUUCUUGAUGUCUAUGACAAAACUAAGUGUGCCAAAUUUAUUACAACAUGUGUAUGUCUACAUAAUAUUUGUAUGGAUACAUCAGAUGAUUGGAGCAGUCAUGAAGCUUACACAUCUAAUUCAAUAUCAAAUGACAAAGACACAUGUUCAGAUGUUAUAAUAUUAAAAAUGCUGCAAAAACAAAAGAGAUGCAAUAUGUCAAUAUUUUGA